AUGUCUUCAACCAUAAAAGUUGCCAAACAGAGUCUACGAAAGGCCAUCGCUGCGAAACUCUCCCUUCUUUCGCCAAAAGACGUCCUGGCUCAAUCCUCGACCGUAUCCCACUUGGUACAAGAACUCGCUGCUUUCAAAUCCUCUCAACUGGUAGCACUCUAUAUGAGCAUGCCUGGCAUAGAAAUAGACACACUCGAUUUGAUUCGGCGCUGUUUCGAGCAACACAAAACUGUCUACCUCCCUUCUUGUAGCGAUGAGGCAGGAAAGCCAAUGAAGACAAUGCGAUUUUUGAAGGUAGGCUCGUUUGACGAGGUGCUUGCUCUUCAACCUAGGGGCAAAUAUAAACUUCGCGAGCCUACAGAAGGUGUAGAUGCCAUGCUGCUCGGCUCCAUAGACUUGGUGAUUGUUCCUGGUGUGGCAUUUACGAAAGAAGGAUAUCGUCUUGGGCAUGGCGCCGGAUACUACGAUCGAUUUUUGAGUGAGUUCCAACUGCGAUUUGAUAAGAAGCCAUUUUUGGUUGGCGUAGGCUUGGCAGACCAGAUGGUGGACAGUCUUCCCAUUGAACCACACGAUUGGACGCUCGACGAGGUGAUUGUUGGCCAAUGA